CAAAGCAAAUUUCCUUUUUCUUGAAGUGAUCGAAUAAGUGUUACUUUUAACAGAAACAGAUUGUUUUAGCUUCAAUUUAAGCUAAGUUCUCGAGAAUGAGUCAUAACUCCGAGAAAAGCAUUCACGAAAUGUUGAAAGCAUCGUUGCCAUCCAUGAAUGAUAGCGUGGAAGCCGUUCAUUCCGGUACUCCAGCAGAAACCUACACGAAAAGUGCUAGUUUUCCUAUGUCGAUCUCGGAACAACAACUGCAAUCAACACUCGUAGAAGAAUCUGCCUUCAUAAAAAGUGGUUCUUCGGCUUUGUCCGUGUUAAAAAAUUGGAGUAUUUCUACUUAUAAAUGUACCAAACAACUUAUGCUUGAAAAAAUGGGUAAAUGUAGCCGAACGGUGGAUAUGGAGCUAGAAUCCCAAAUAGAGCAGUUAAGAGAUACUCAAAAAAAAUAUUUAUCCAUACUGCGGUUAACACGAUUAUUCAGUACUCAUUUCUAUCACUGCGUGAAAACUCAACAAGCUCUCGCUGAAGCAUUUUCAGAUCUCGCUCAAAAAAGUCCUGAGCUGCAAGAAGAAUUUUUAAGAAAUUCUGAAACUCAAAGAAGUCUCACGAAAAAUGGCGAACUUUUACUAAAUGCUCUCAACUUUUUCACGUCAUCUAUAAGUACUCUUUGCAAUAAAACUAUCGAAGAUACUAUAAUAAAUAUCAGGCAAUAUGAAGCAGCACGUAUUGAGUUCGACGCAUAUCGCAUUGAUUUGGCUAACAGUAAAUCAAAUUCGCCAAACAACACUCCAAAUGACGAUAUUCAAGUGCAAUACGAGAAGUAUAAGACUAGUUACGAGAAACUUCGUGCAGACGUUGCCAUUAAAAUGCAGCUUUUGGACGAAAAUCGAAUAAAGGUUAUGCACAAACAACUUAUUUUACUACAUAAUGCGAUAGCAGCAUACUACUCUGGCAAUGCACAAUUGUUAGAAAGUACAUUGCAACAAUUCAAUGUAAAGCUCAAAUCAUUUAACACGAUGUCAUCUUGGCUGGAGCAAUGAAACCGUGAUAUUUAAUAUUUAAAACCCAUAAAAUAGUUCACCAUUUCAGUUAUUUAUUAAUGUCUACGUCUGCUUUUGAUUUAACUAUUAGUGCAAUAAAUCUUUUUUUCUUGUGAAAA